UGGCCUUAUAAUGAAUUUAUUAGUAUAGCACCUAAUCUAAAAGGUCAAAUAAGUAAUGAAUUUUUAAUAACAAUGAAAAAAGGAAAAAAGACAGAUACUAUGCGCUUUUCGUCUGAUCACCGUCCAGAUAUUUUGACAGAGGCCUUGAAAUUUAGACAUCAAUUUGCAGAACCUCCAUCCACAAUUCUUAGUUAUAAUGCAUACAAGUAUCAUUGGUCAGAUAACAGAAUUCCAGUUGUUUUGGAGAUUGGUCAAGCUGCUCUAGAACAAAAGGAUUCAAAAACAGGAAAAGUGUUAGCAUUUUAUGAUUAUAAAGAUAUGGAAGGAUUAUAUCCAUUAUCUGAUAUUCCUGGUGGCUUUUCUAUAAUGCAUGGGGGUUUUGGUAGACAGCAUUUAUUCAUCACUGAUAAGAGAGAUGAAUUACUAAAAAAAAUUUCAGAAUCCGCUUGGUGCUAUGUUGGAAUAAAUAUUAAAAUUUUUAAAGAACAGAUCUCAUUUGAACAAUAUAGUGUCAAACGUUUGGGAAAAUACAGUUCAGAUGAAGCAAUAACUUCAAUUUGUGAUUUUGUUGUACAUAAAAUAUCAUCUCGCCAAAAUGAACCAAUUAAAAGGAUAUUAGGAUUGACUGAAAGCUGUUUAGUGGAAAGAGAUCCUUCCACUUAUAGCAUAAUUACAUUAAAGCCUUUAUCAGAGGUGUUCUCUUUAGUCAGAAGUUCUGAAAACCCUCAAAUGUUUAGCAUAGAAUACAUUAAAGGGCAAAUAAGAUCAUAUACUUCAACUGACAGGGAUUCACUGUUAGCUUCCUUACUGGAUGGUGUUAGAGCUUCGGGAAAUAGAGAUGUGCAUGUAAAAAUGGUAUUUACUGAUAGAGGUCAGAGAUUGGGUCCAUUCACUGUUCCAGUAGAUGAAGAAGUUGAACUUUGUCAUCUUAAAUUUUUGCAAACGUUUCCCGUUAACUGGGAUUUUACUGAAGCUGUAUUCAGAUUUAAUAACAAUAUUGCAUACAGUGGUCUUCUGCAUAUAAGUACUCAAGAGAAAAUCCAAAUAGCAUUAAAUGCACUGCUUGAUAAAGAGGGAGAACAAGAAAGUGUUCCUCAAGAAGUUGUGGAAGCACAGUUUCAAGCUCUUCGACGAUUGAUUGCAUCUAAAGUUGGUUUUGCUUCAUUCACCCAACUUUUAAGGUUUCGUGAAAGAUUAGGAAUGAAAGUUGUGAAAGCCUUACAGAGAAAUAAUGAUGGUGUUACUCAUGCUGCUAUAGAUAUGUUAUGUGCUUUGAUGCAGCCAAUGCAUGAUGAUUAUGAUUUGAGACAAGAACAGCUAAACAAAUCUUCAUUACUCUCUACAACAAAGUUUUUGGAAAACCUUUUAGAAAUGUUCACCACUCAUGUUAAUAGAGGAACUGGAGCUUUAGUAGUUGCAGCAAUGUUGGAUUUCUUGACAUUUGCUCUCUGUGCUCCUUAUAGUGAAACAACAGAUGGCUCUCAGUUUGAUUCACUUUUACAAAUGGUUGCAGAACAUGGACGAUCACUUUUUAGUUUGUUUCAGCAUCCAUCUAUGGCCAUUAUCAAAGGAGCAGGUUUAGUAAUGAAAGCAAUUAUUGAGGAAGGAGACAGUGAAAUAUCUGCUAAAAUGCAAGAUUUGUCUCUUGCUGAAGGGGCUUUACCACGUCAUAUUCAUAUCGCCUUGUUCAUACAGAGUUCUGAUAGUCGGAUGCUAGCUAUGCAACAACUUUCUCGGCAUUUAGUUGCAUUAUGGGUUACUGGACACCCUAUUGCAAUGGGAUUAUUAAAGAGAGUAAUUCCUACUGGAUUGCUAAGUUACCUUGAUUCUUCAGAACAAGUACCUGAAGUCAGUAUUGAUAGAAUUAAUAUUCGAGAUAAUCUGAGGUUAGCUCAGGAUCAUGCAUUAAGAAACAUGAAAAAAGCUCCUCCAUCAUGGCAAGUUAUUGAAAAGCAUGUAGAAUUAGUUUUACAACAUUGGAGGUCCCGAAUUGGUUUACAGAAAAAGGAGGAUAAAAUACAAAAACCAAUAGUUCUCAGAAAGCGAAGAGAAAGAAUAAAAUGUGAAGCAAAUUGGCAAAUGUUUUAUUAUCAAUUUAAUCAAGAUCAUUCUAAACCUGACUUAAUCUGGAAUUAUAGAGUGAGUUUUAAAAGGAUUGUUUAUCUGAUAUUUUAUUAA